AUGUCAUCUACUACUCGACUCACCCUUCCUCCGCUGCCUCAUUGGGAUGACAAAACUAAAAGACCCGCCAAUUUCGAAAGGGACAAGCUUCCCAACCUAACCUUUGACUAUAUCCGGGCCAAAGCUCCAGGGCAAGGGAUCGGUUUAACAGCCCUCCUCCACGGCGACGACGCGCACUGGUUAGCGCCCCUGAUGGUUGAUGGAACAAUGCCUGUUGUCUCACCCGUAAUGUCAUACAUCACCCUAUACGUCUCUUGGCCUGGGUACGAAGACAUCAUGGACGACGACAUGACCGACAUCCCCCUCUUUUCCCUUGGCGACUCGGGGGACCCGCUUGAUAUGACAAGUCUCACCCGGGCAGAAUUCGCGCGGGCAGUGGGCGGCGUUGUUGCGAUGUUCAUCUUGAAUCGCAAGAUUAGAUGUCUGAAGGGAACGGACCCUGAGUGGGACUUGGAUGGUAUCGAGCUUGGGGAUGUUGUCGUGUCGGGAAUCCGCCAUGUCUUUGGGCAGGUUUAUCAGGCUGAUAUUCAUAUCGAGAAGGGGACUUAG